AAAAAAAAAAAAAAAAAAAAAAAAAAAAAAACUACCUAGAUUAAGCUACCUAUUAUUUUUACCUAUGAUGUAUGAGACGUGUAGAAUGCGAUGGAUCUCUUCAGUCGAGUCAAGUACAAGACACUGAAGACGACCUUACAGUUGAGGUCGAAAUACGUAUCUGUCAAAGGAUGCAAAUUCUUAGUGGAAUUCAAAGGAACCGUACUUAACCCGAUUUUCUUUUAUUUACAGAUAUUCCCCUAACAAGCCCAGGUUAAUCAUCAUCAUCAUGGCUACCAAGCGGACGGAGUUAUUUCAUCGAUUUGAAGAGAUCCAUCAUCAGCAUUCAGAAGGACGUGGCAUUUCUGAAGAAAUGUCAAAAGGAGAAACUAACACCCGUUAGUCAUAGGAUUAAGGUCAAGAAGCACAUCCCACCCAGCGUCACCAGGAAGGCCGAAGCAGAGUACAUCGCAGACACCAUCAAACGCCACUACACCAAGUUGGACAAGCUGACACUUAAGUGCUAUUCCCUGCACUUAAAGUUGGCCAACGAAUAUCCGGAAGGUUUCCCAUUGUUCCUCACCAAGAUAUUCCCCUAACAAGCCCAGGUUAAUCAUCAUCAUCAUGGCUACCAAGCGGACGGAGUUAUUUCAUCGAUUUGAAGAGAUCCAUCAUCAGCAUUCAGAAGGACGUGGCAUUUCUGAAGAAAUGUCAAAAGGAGAAACUAACACCCGUUAGUCAUAGGAUUAAGGUCAAGAAGCACAUCCCACCCAGCGUCACCAGGAAGGCCGAAGCAGAGUACAUCGCAGACACCAUCAAACGCCACUACACCAAGUUGGACAAGCUGACACUUAAGUGCUAUUCCCUGCACUUAAAGUUGGCCAACGAAUAUCCGGAAGGUUUCCCAUUGUUCCUCACCAAGGUAAAGCGAGCAGAGGAAUGUGAAGCAGACAGGAAGAGACGACUACACAAAAAGAAGCUGACGAAUCUACGAAACGAGACCAGAGCGGCAAAGGACACCCACACUCCAAUUCCGAUGGUUCAACCCAUUGAAGGAUUCGUUGUAAACCGUUCGACGCAACAGUUCACAGAGGAACAAUUGACACACCUCAAUAAGGGGUUAGGAUAUGCGGUUACUUCGAAGCCAGACGUGGAACAGAUCAUCGUGGACAUGGAAACAGCGAUCACACAGAACGUUAACAUCAAAGACCAAAAUACAGCCAGGGACAUCGUAGCAGACGCCAUCAAAACAGGACAGCGCAGUAAGGUAAAUUCAGAUGAGACAAGGAUUGUAACGGAACUUAAAAAGAAACCAGUAUACUACAUGAAGGCAGACAAAGGUAACGCGGUUGUUAUUAUGGACAAGAAGGACUACGACGAACAGAUGGAGAAGAAGAUAAACGAAGGACCAUACAGACAUCUACGAGUAGAUCCACUACCCGGACUAAUAAGGCUGACAGACAAGACUCUGAAAGACUGUAAACCCAUCAUCGGAGAGGCUCGUUUGAAGGAAGCAAAUCCCAUUCUUCCGCGGAUCAAAGGUCUUCCUAAAAUUCACAAACCCGGUCAAGAGAUGCGAGAGAUUAUUUCAGCUGAAGGAUCCCCUACCCACAAAUUGGCUAAAUGGUUAGUUCAAGAGUUCCAAAGUAUGCCAAAACCCUUCCCCACCAGUUCGGUCAAAAACACUCAGGAAUUCACCCAAAAGUUGUUGGAAUCAGGAACCAUCAAGGAGGACGAGAUUAUGGUUUCUUUCGACGUCGCAGCACUAUUCCCAAGUGUCCCUGUAAAGGAUGCUCUUAAUCUUCUCGAGGAUUGGUUACUACCCCAAAAGUCUGACGCAGCUUGGAAAGGAAAAGUUAGGACUUAUUUACGUUUGGCCAGACUGUGCAUGGAUGAGAAUUACUUCCAAUUCCGUGGACAGUUCUACAAGCAGACCAAAGGUGCCCCCAUGGGAAAUCCCCUAUCCCCAUUUUUAUGCGAGCUUUUCAUGACAAAUUUAGAAACCAAGCUUAAGGAGCAAGGUUUACUUCCGGAGAAAUGGUGGAGGUAUGUCGACGAUAUUUUCAGUGUGAUCAAACGGGAAGCUUUAUCUAAGGUUCUAGAGGUCAUCAACAAUGUACAUAAGGAUAUCAGGUUCACUCACGAGGAAGAAAAGGAGGGAAAACUUCCAUUUUUGGAUCUAUUAGUUAAGAGGGAAGACAGUUCGUCGUUCGAAUUCGAGAUUUACAGGAAACCUACCAAUACCAUGCGUGUCAUCCCCUAUUCGUCGAAUCACUCCUUCCAACAUAAGAUGGCAGCUUUUCACCACAUGGUUCACCGAAUGCAGACUCUACCUCUAAGCGAUGACGGAAAGAAUAAGGAACUCACUCACAUAUUCGAAACAGCGAAAAUCAACGGAUAUAAGGAGAGGACAAUUCAGGCCAUCAUUGACAAAAAGGAGAGGUUGCGAUAUCGAGGAUCCCUAACAACUCUUACCCCUAUUUCAGAAUCUUUGAAGCGAGUAUCAGUCCCCUUCGAUCAACACAUCACUAAUAAUUUACGUUCUAGGUUCAGAAAUUUCGGGAUCGAUUUAGUAUUUUCUAGCAGAAGCAAUCAGUUGAAGACUUCAUUAGGCUCUACGAAGGAUCCGGUCAACACCCUAAACAAGGCUGGCGUUUACAAAAUCAGUUGCUCCCAUUGUGAUAAGGUCUACGUUGGUCAAACAAAACGGUCUUUGGAGGUUAGAUUCAGGGAACAUAUGGCGGAGGUGGGAAAGGCGCAGAGGACAGUGAAUAGAGGUUUGGAAUACGAUUUCAGGUCGAAAGUUGCUGAACAUGUCUUUGAGGAGGGCCACCCUGUAACUACAGAAGAUAUUCAAAUUUUGCGAAAUGUAACUUCACCUUGGAAAUUGGACGUUGCUGAGAGUCUAGAGAUAUACAAACAGGUACCUAACACGCUGUUGAAUAAGGAUCAAGGCAAUGGAAGUUCGUGGCUUUUCAAAUUAUUACCCCCUAAGCACUCUCGUAUGGCGUGCGUCUCAUAAUGUACCUGUGAUACAUGAACUUUGUUUACCUAUCCUGUGCUGGAGGGAAAUGUACCUAUUCGGUGGUAGAGGGAAAUUAUACCUAUUCUAUGGUGGAGGUUAAUAUAGAUAUAAAUUUUUGCAUGCUCGGGAAAAAAAAAAAAAAAAAAAAAAAAAAAAAAAAAAAAAAAAAACUACCUAGAUUAAGCUACCUAUUAUUUUUACCUAUGAUGUAUGAGACGUGUAGAAUGCGAUGGAUCUCUUCAGUCGAGUCAAGUACAAGACACUGAAGACGACCUUACAGUUGAGGUCGAAAUACGUAUCUGUCAAAGGAUGCAAAUUCUUAGUGGAAUUCAAAGGAACCGUACUUAACCCGAUUUUCUUUUAUUUAUCUUUUUUAGGGUUAAAAGGUACAAAACUGACUACACUCAUUCGAAGAGGGUAUUCUGCUUAGAGGGUUCGAAAAGUCGGCACAAGAUAGAAAGAACUAGUUAAAGAUGUCCAAAGGAACUCCCGCUAGAUUCUCACAAGGAAGAGCUCUCUUGAACAUCUGGAAGAUUUAAGAAGAAACUCAGGAGAGCAUCCAGAAAGAACUACUAGAAGAUUCCCAGAAUAAAACUCUUAUAAUAUACCCAGAAGGCAAUCCCAGAGAAGUUCCAAAGGUGACUGCGAAAGAAAUGAAGAAUAACCUUCAUGAGGACUCCAAGAAGUCAUGGAUGAAUUCCAGAAGAAACUUCCUCGGAAAUAAAAAUAAAUCCUGCUGGAUUCCUAGAAUAAUCUCCUGUAGGAAUCCCAUAAGGAACUCCUGGAGGAGUCCUGAAAGGAGCACGUGAUAAAGUUCCUGGAUGGAUCCCAAAACGAUAUCCUGGAAGUAUGCUGAAAGAAGGAAUUCUUUGAAGAAUUCCAGAAGAUUCUUCUAAUGAAAUCCCAGAAAAGUUUUAAGAUGGAUCACAAGAAAAGACCUUAUACCAGAAAAACUCAUUAAGAAAUCCAAGAAGGAAUCCAAGCAACUCAUUUAGGUAUACCAAUGAAAAUUCUUUAUCAAAUCCUACAAGAUAAUCAUUAAGUAAUUUGCAAGAUAAUCAUUAAGAGUAUUCUAGAAUAAUAAAAACUCCUAGAGGAACCCGUGAAGAUAUUUCUGGAGGAAUUUCAGAAGAAACUCAUGACUUCUGAUAGAACUUCUUAUAGAAAUUCCGAAGGGAUUCACAGACAAUCCUCUAGAUUUUCCGAAGGAACUUCUGGAAAGAUUUGAAGACGAUCUUCACUAAUUCAGGAAUUUGUGAUUUUGAAAAACAGUGAUAAGUUUAAAUGACAACUUUUUUCAGAACUUUUGCUUGGGUAGCCAGUACUAAAUUCACGUGUUGUUAAGAGAGAGUCACUGUUCUACAAUGUGUAGGUGCAUUCAACCGAUUCAAUCAAUAUAAAUUUCACCAGUUUGCGCUAACAUCAAUACCUUUCGCUGAAUGGUCAACGGGUGGUGAACCCCGCUUGAUUGGAUAACGUAAGCAAAAGAGUACUUUUCACUUUCCGAAGAUGAAAAUUGUAAACGAAGGGCGGAUGGAUGGACAGAUGGGUGGAAGCGUGCUUGCAAUGAUAAUCACCGGACCAACCGGUCCUGAGGACAGCAUGCUCAAUUAACACGCGAGAGAGUG